AUGCUGCAGGAUAUGAAGACGCAAGGCGAGAAGGACAAGCAGGACGAGGAAGUUCAAUAUGCCGCAUACAAGCAGUUCUGCGCAGUCACGGAGAGAGAAACGCAGCGCUCGAUCGAAGAUGGGACCGAGAAGAUAGAGGUCCUCACUGCAGAAAUGGAGAAGAGUGGAUCCGAUGCCACCAGGCUUGGUGAAGAAGUCGCAGCUCAUGUUGCAGACAUAGAGGGCGCCAAAGCAGAAAAGGAGGAGGCGUCGAAGAUGCGGGAGACGGAGCGGAAAGACUUCCAAGCGAUGUUCAAGGACCUGUCGGAGUCGAUCGACGCCAUCGGCAGAGCAACGAAAGAGCUCCAGUCCGGGAAAGCUCAGGAGGGCUCCCUCAUUCAGCUAAAUGCCUUGAAGCUGCCGGAGAAGGCCAGCAAAGGCCUGAAUUCCCUGCUCUCCGAGGGCUUCGAGGAUAGCCUCUUGAGUGAGUUGCAAGCACCGGAUCAGUUCAAGUCAGGAGGUAUCAUCAAGAUGCUCGAGAAGCUGGAAGAGCAGUUUGUGGACGAACGUGUGCAGCUUGAGAAGGAAGAGAUGUCCAAGAAGCAUGCUUUCGAGCUUCUGGUUCAGAGUGUCACGACAAAGAUUGCUGAGGCGACGAAGGAGCAGCAGCAAAAGCAUACCACCCAGGCAAAGAAGCUUCAAGACAAGGCAGAAGCCUCCAGUGGGCUGUCCGAGACCGAGGCCGGCCUCGAAGUGGACAAGAAGUACCUGGCUGAUUUGACGACCACCUGCCAAAAGAAGGCAGGGGACUUCGAAGAGCGCCAGAAGCUUCGCGGAGAGGAGCUCGUUGCGCUGGACGAAGCCAUCAAGGCAAUCUCCGAGAUCUCCGGAGCCAGCCUCGCGCAGACGGUGAAGACGGCCUCGGCCCUGGCGCAGCUGCGAACUGACGCGGCGAACCCGGCGCAGGCCCAAGUGGCUCGUUUCCUGCAGAGGGAGGCGUCGAGUCUGAACAGCCGGCUUCUUUCCGCGCUUGCGGAGCGCGCUCGAGCAGACCCAAUGGCGAAGGUCAAGCAGAUGAUCGAGCAGCUGAUUGUGCGACUCAAGGACCAGGCCAAGGAGGAGACGACCAAAAAGGGUUGGUGCGAUGCGGAAAUGUCGACGAACAAAGCCACGCGCGAGGAGAAGUCCGAUGCCGUGAGCAGUUUGAAGGCAGAGAUCGACGAGUUGGAGGCGCACAUCAGCAAGCUGGGAGAGGAGAUCGUCAGCUUGUCCGGUGAGCUCACCGAACUUGACAAUGCAGCAUCAGAGGCGACCAGUCUCAGGCAGAAGGAGGAGGCCAAGAAUGAGGCAACGGUCAAGGAAGCAAAAGAGGGCCAGGAUGCAGUGGCCAAGGCGAUCAUGGUGCUGAAGGACUUCUAUGCCAAGGCUGGGAAGUCCACGGCCUUGCUGCAGAGCUCUGAGCUGCAUGGAGCCCCUCCCGUUUUCGGCGACGAGCCCUACACAGGCAUGCAGAAGGCAAAAGGUGGAGUGGUGGCGAUGCUGGAGGUGAUCGAGUCAGACUUCUCUCGAAUGGAGGCGGAAGCCACUGCCAGCGAGGCAGCGUCAAAGAAAGAGUUUGAGAGCUUUGUGGAGGAGUCCAAGAUCACCAAGGCAGAGAAAUCCAAGGAGGUAGAGCACAAGACGUCCUCGAAGCAGCAGAAGAAGUCCGAGCUCAUCACCCUGCAGGCUGACCUGCAGGGAACUGAGAAGGAGCUGGAUGCGGCCGAGGUGUAUUUCGAGAAGCUGAAGCCAGACUGCUUGGAUGCGGGCCCGAGCUACCAGGAGAGGAAAGCUCGUAGGGAGGAGGAGAUGAAGGAUCUGAAGGAGGCUCUCGAGAUGCUGGAUGCCGCGUGA